AUGACUUCAUCUGAGCCAUCUGAGACUCCCUCCUCAACUUUGGAAUUUACUACUUUGCCGCCUACAGCAAUGCUAGUUGUUGGGGGAACGCCACAACCGACUGGAACUGAAGAAGCAAACACCUUACUGCCGUCGCCGAUACUGAUUGAUGGACCAUCACAAAGUACCACUCCAUCUCAUUUUCCGACUUUUGCUCCGGUAUCGACUUCAACACUUUCACCAAAUCCAAGUGCAUCGCCAUCUGGUAUCACAAGUCUAGAGCCUUCAGCUUCCCCUUCGUUGGCACCAACACUGGCACCUGUGGUGGAUCCAACUUCGCCACCGACGAGCGCACCCACCGUAGCAUCAUCUCUUGAGCCGACUUUUGUUCCAUCAAUUUCACCAAGCACACAAGAUUGCCAUCUGCUACCGACUCACUCUUGUCUUAGUCUAGCUGGGAAAGGAGCCAUCACAAUCGGAUCUAAUUCUUACACUGCAGCGAACGCUUGCGAAUUCGCAACUGUGGGGACCAUUGGCAACUGGAACAGCCAGUAUUGUACGGCUGCUGGAUCAUGUUCCGGUUUGGAAGAAUAUGAGCCGACCGAUCGAUUACCAUCUUCACCACGAUCGAUGACAGUCGGGAACAACAGUUGCAAUCGUGAGAAUUGUUGCGCGUGCAUGACUGUUGUCCCUGAUGACAGCUGCAAUGUACUCGUGUUCACAGCACGGUAG